UCAAAUACGCUAUAAGCUUAGAUGUGUGUUUCUAGUCUAUAUGCAACAGGGUUUCAUUUCAGUAUUAGGGUUUUGUGACUGGGUUGGUCUUACAGAAUGUUGUUAUUUUAAAUGGAUUUCCUUCAUCCAAACAGGACAUACUAGAUGAAUAGUGCUGAACUCUGCACUGACCUUAAUCUGAAAACUACAUUACAGCAGAGCAGCUGUUGGCUCUAAAUUCAGAUGGAGUAUUUCAUAGUUCCUGGAUGGUGUGUGUGUGUGUGCGUGCGUGUGUGCAUGCGGGUGUGUGUGUGUGUGUGUGUGUGUGUGUGUGUGUCUGUUAUAGCAAGAGAUUCCUUGGGGUUUCCUUCUUGGGAAUAAGGUAGCAACAGACAUGUGUUUUUAAAGAUUCACACUGCCUUGAGUUGCUUACUUUGAAAAUUAGAAGAAUUUAAGGAAGUCCAUAGCAUCUUUGAGUUGAUCGCAGUUAGUGCUACAUUCAGAAACUGUAAAAACAGUCAGAUUUAAGAUCAGACCAGACAUGAAUGGAUACCUGCCGCCGCAGUUUCACAUGAUGACAGACCAUAAGAAGUUUUGUCAAGACAAUUCUCUGACGAUGGACCAAGGCACACCAUACAACAUAAACAUGAAUGUUUUCUUACCCGACGUCACCUACUUACGGACUGGCAUGUGCAGGCCUGUGAGAUCUACAGUGCCGCAGAUAAAGACGGAACCUCUGGAUUCAUCUUUCAAUUACUCGAGUUGCCAUGGUUCUGUCGUGCCCGCUGUGACCCACCCAGAGUAUCCGAACCUCUACAGCCCAGCUGCAGAAACGGGUAGCAGCGUUUACGUCAAGCAUGAGAUGCCAUCCCUCGAAUUUCCAGAGGUUCCAUUGUUUCAGCUGUUGAAUUCUGAGCUUGACCCAAAUGUGCCUGGAGCCCACUCUUGCACAGAUUCCCCCAAUGCCGGAUGCCCUCCAAUGUCAACAUAUAACGGCAUUCACCCAUCACCCAGUCAUAAUGUAGAGAGAUCUCUAUGUAAUAUGGGCAGUAGCAGAUAUUCCCUGCCUUCCCAGUUGGGCCGGCAUCCUAUGAAGAGGACUGCAUUUCUUCUACCACCCUCCCCUCCUAACUCAGAACCUGGCAGCCCAGACAGGAGGAAAGAACUCAUACAGAACUUGUCACCACCUCCAUCCUAUGCUGCCAGCAUGGCCUCUAAAAUGGCAGGUAUUACCCCAGUUCCAGGGCCAACUCUGUCUGUCCAAACACAAGCAGUACCGGCCCAAUACAACCGCCGGAACAAUCCUGAUCUAGACCAAAGAAGGAUACAUCACUGUGAUGUACCAGGAUGUAAGAAAGUCUACACCAAGUCCUCACAUUUGAAGGCCCAUUUACGGACACACACAGGCGAAAAGCCAUACAAGUGUUCAUGGGAGGGGUGCGACUGGCGUUUUGCCCGUUCCGACGAGCUAACGCGCCACUUCAGGAAGCACACGGGGGCCAAACCUUUCCAGUGCGCCGUAUGUAGCCGUUGCUUCUCCCGAUCGGACCACCUGGCCCUCCACAUGAAAAGACACCAGAACUAGAGGCGCCCAGUUGCGUUGUUCUGACAGUGCUGCGGGAGGGCUACCAGGAGCUCUGUUGAUGAUACUAAUUAGGAUUUGGGUGUGUUGGUUAAUCUUGAGUUUUGGCAGUUUAUCAGGUUCAUCAUGACCAAACCCUGCCGCCGGUACGGCUCAUGUGGUCACAAAACCAGCUAAUUGAUGAAAACUUAGCUCAUCUGCCAGUUGAGACAUUCUUUUGACAUGUUUGUUUGUGUUGUUUAUCUGCAUACUUUAAGGUCAUUAUUUUUGACAUAACUACUUUUUAAUGUGCCUUUUUUACUUGAAGAAUUGAGAUACAUUUGUCAAAAGCUUAUGGGCAAUUUUACACCUCUUUAAGUGACUACUACUGAUUGUAUCACAAGGUAAAUUUUUAUCAAGAAUGAGCUCUGUUCCCUAAAGUCAAGAGUCUGUUUGGUUGUAGAACCAAACCCCAGAACAGUCAUGAGAAUGAGCUGCAAAUGUUUCCAAAAGCAGCACUUGAUAAGAAACAGUGCUUCAAAAACUUUAUGGGAGCCACCAGGUAAUUCGAAAAUUAAAUGAAGCUUCAGAACACCAAAGAAUAAUGAGCUGGAUUUAAUUCAAAUUCUGAUAUUAAUUCUGAUUUGCUUUACAUUAACAAAGUGUUUGAAAAUGCACAAUUUGAAGUUUGAUUGAACUCUUUUGUGUCAAUUCGUGUAUUUUACUGAAAUGCAAUAAGUGGUACAAAUGCCGUAUUUUCCUGGCAAGAGGACAGGGCAGAUAACAAUUACUUCCAUAGUUAUUUGUUUAGUUUUCCUUACUAUGCAUUUGUUUGGGAUAAAUUAUAGCUUUAAAUGUACAUAUUGUAAUUCCUCUGGUCUGUAUUUAUUUUGCUCAGAUUUUCUUUUUUUCUAUUUUAUAUAAUGUAACUCAACUCUCAUAAAAUGUGCGUCGGGUUUUGGGGAAAUAGUUAUAGAAAUUUUUGUUUGAACUGAUAGUGCUCUAAAUGGCUGCAUUAUGCCGAACAAUGCGGCAGCUGAUUGUUUACAUUACUUUGUUUGGCUUACGGUGUGUGUUGCAUCUGUAUGUGUGGCCUCAUAAAACCUCUUAUUUUCCAUUACAGUGAUCAAAAUGUUUUCAGCCUUAUUUUUCAGAGAUACUGCAUUGUAAAUGCAUAACUUCAGAGACUCAGAUGACAAGCUGAUGUUGUUUUUGAGAUGGAAGCGUACAGAUUGGGAACAUAUGGAGUUUGUUUUUAUCUGAGGUAAUGUAAUACUAUGACCCAAAGUACUGACAUUUUGGGGUAUAGCUCUGUUCAAGAUAAAACUUGUACAACUAUUGUAAAGUUCUCCAUUUUGUGACCAAAACAAAAAUGCAAAACUGUAAUGGCUGUAAUUUAAAAUUUAAGUUUCAACUGUUAAGGAUUAAAAUGUUACAACACACCCACUAAUAGCGCUAAUUUCCAGCACUUAGAGGAGUACAGUAAAUGUUAAAAACGUCAUUAUGGUUAUUAAACUUCUAAAUAUAAAGUAAGCGUCAGUCUGUCAGGUAAAACUGGAGUAUCCUGCUGUCCUGGGCCUGGUCACAUAUGACAUGGUUUGGUGAAUCAUUGUGGGUGUAGUGGAUUAAAUUGUAACUGGAUUAAUCUAAUACAGUUGUUAAUACGAGCUGUCAAAUUUUGUCAAGCCACUGAAUUAAAAGUUGGUGUUCUUGCGCGGUAACACCCAAUUAAAUGUAUACUUUAAUUAUCUUGCCUGUAUACAAAUCACUCAAUACUUGGUGACAGCAGAAUUUUGAGCAUAGACCACAGUGAAUGACCUCAGUCAAGAAAAUAAUCUGAUGUUUUCUUAUCAUUGAUAAGGGUGUAUGUUAUUUUAUAAAUUAGAUCUUUCGCACGCAACUGCUCAAUUCAACAUCUAAGUAUUGUGAAAUAUAGCAAUACAAAACAAAACCCCUAUAAUCCAUUCAUAUUUGGUUUUCAGCAUGUUUGUUCUUGUGUGGAAAUGUUACACCUCACUGCCUUUUCCUUCUAAGUGAUACUGUUGUAAUCUUGUAUAAAAUACAUUGUAAGCCCAUUAACAAGAAAUGUCUCAUCUCUGCAGGAAUAUGUGUACAGACAUCUUUAGUAGUAUGUGUGCUGACCUAUCCAAGGACAGAAGGGUGAAAAAAUAUUUAGUAACUAUUAAAUAAAGCUAAAAUUGUAAAUUAAAAGAAAAUAUAGGGCAAACACAAUUAUUUAGAUCAGUAUCGUCCAUAUUUGUCAAGCUUAUACUGUGUGUUUUUUAACUGUGUGGCCUCAUGAAACAGCUUACAUUCUGGCUGUGUCUGAAAGCUAAAAAAUGUUGCCUUCACAGGUAUUAUACCGAGGUAGAAAGGCAACAAGGCACAUCCAAAUUCAAUGUUGGCUUCAUUGACUGUGUACUAAGAUGCCUUCAUCUGAUUUGAUGUCAUUUUGUUUUUUUACUUUUCUAACUUAGAACUCCAUUUCUCCCAAGAAAUAACAUUUGAGUGACUAAAUAUGUAUGUUGUUAUCUAUAAAUCUCACAUAGGUUUGUUCUAAAUCAUUAGAAAUGACAUUAGAGUGCCUUGUAAGGCAGUCUGAAAUCAGUGUCCUUUUGAGGUACCUUCAUACACGAAAUACUGCCUGUGAAGUCAUUGACUGACUGGGCAGUAUAGCAGCAAGCCAGCUGCUUUAGAUUUCAGACACAGCCUCUAUGAUGAUGUGAUUUGCAUGUUAGGAUGUUGUCUAGGAGUUAAUUAGACUAAAAGAAUAGCAGAGGUUUAGCAUGAUGGCUACAUGCUAAGGCUCUGCCAUCAUUGCACAAGUUAUCACAGUCACAUUCGUAGGCCAAAUGGUGAUGUUAUUGGAGUAUUGCCGAUUGCCAGCUAGUAACUUUAAGAAUACUUGUUAAACAUGACCAGAAUCAACCCAACUGCUAUUGUCUCUGAGGAAGAUCGUUAUCAUGAAGCCAAUGCCUUCAUGUUUCUUUGAAAUGCCCAAUAGGGAACUCAUUUAUUUUCUUUAAUGGAAAGGAACAAUAGUUUAAUUUACUAUUUGACCUGACAUAUAGAUGAUCUUUGCAGAUGAGAGUAUGGAUCAAACAGUGGCUUUGCUGUUAUCCUCUUUAGUGAAUGCCAUUUACUGAAAGCACUCAUAGGAUCACUGUGAUAUUUUUCAUACCCUUAAGGGAGAACCAGGAGUUAUUCCCACAAAAUCAUGUUUGUAUGUAAGCAAUAACAAUAGAGAUUUUUCACUUGGCAUAAAAAAUUUAGUAUUUCCAUUUAUACUUACUUUUUUUUUUUUUAAUCUGAUUUAAAGUUGUAUUUACACUGAAAUGUACAUAAUAUUUAUGAAGUAUUAUGAAGCUGUACAGUGGAUACGUUCAUUUACUUUAGAUGACUACAUUUUUUUUCAUUUUGGGGUGGUGUGGUGUAGUGGUUAAGCCAUAGGGAUUUGUAAUUAGAAGACUGCUGGAUCGAUCCCCGAAUGAGCUUUGAACUGUCACCAUUACGUCCCUGAGCAAGCUACUUAAAGGAAAAGUUCACCCAAAAAUGAAAAUUCUCAUAUAAUUUACCCUCUUGUGAUCCCAGAUAUGUAUGACUUUCUUUCUUCUGCAGAACACAUAUGAAGAUUUUUAGAAGAAUAUCUCAGCUCUGUAGGUCUAUUCAAUACAAGUGAUUAAUGACCAGAACUUUGAAGCUCCAAAAAGCACAUAAAGGCAGCAUAAAUGUAAUCCAUUUGACUCCAGUGAUUUUCAGAAGCAAUAUGAUAGGUGUGGGUGAGAAACAGAUAAAUAUUUUAAUCCAUAUCUUCAGCAUAGUAAUCCAUAUGGUGGUUUAAUCCAUAUCUUCAGAAGUUAUGUAAUAGGAGUGGGUGAGAAACAGAAUAUUUAAGUCCUUUUUUUACUAUAAAUCUCCACCUUUGACCAGCCCCAUCCACACGGUGGCGAUAUGAACGAAUAAUGUGAAUCGCCAAAAAACAAAAGAAGAAUGUGAAAGUGAAGAUUUAUAGUAAAAAAAAGGACUUAAAUGUUGAUCUUUUCCUCACCCAAAACUAUUAUAUCACUUCUGAAGAUAUGGAUUUAACCACUAGAGUCAUGGAUUACUUUUAUGCUGCCUUUAAGUGCUUUUUUUAGCUUUAAAGUUCUGUCCACCAUUCACUUGCGUUGUUUGGUCCUUUUAGUAAGUCCAUGGUGCUUUUCUAUGGCAAUGUAUAAGUUGUGGAAAUAAAUACAUUUUCUGUUGUAUUCUGUUAGCAUAUUUGAAAUCAGUCUUUGUAAAGUAAAUGGAAAUAUGGCUGUUUAAAUUGAAUUAUAUCGCAUUGAUGCUGUUGUCCUCCAUACAAAAUGCAAGUUUAUUAACUUCCAUGCCUCUGUUUAGAUUAUCAAACAAGUAUUAUGUGUAACUUCAAUUUCAAUUCACAGCUCAAUCUUCUGGAAAAAAGAAAAAACAGAGAAUAGCAAAAAACCACAGAAUAUUUAGACAGCUGAAAACACUUUCAACCUUUGAAACAAUUGGGACGAGACAUCCUCCAAUAGGAUUCAAUGUGAAGGGACUCCCUUUGAAGUGUAGCAGGGUAAAAUAUCACAAUUUUACAAUAAAAUCAAAAAAGCUCUGAAUAUAUUUACAAUACACACACUAUACAUAAAUACACAAAGAUAAUUACAGAAUAUCAGCAAACAAGAAACAAAAUCAAUGGAGUAAGUAUUUUGAAUCCAAUAAAAGUAAAGGAAAUGGAAUAUACACAGAAACAAAGGCAAUAUUUUACAGAGACUUGAGGGGGGAGAAAUUACCAAGGGACUACGCUGUAUAACCAGUGUCUUAACAUUCAGAAUAUUCCCUGUGACUGAUAUAUUACCAUAAUUGGGGACGCCUGAAACUGCAAAAAAAGGUUCAAACGUCUUUGUAAAGUUAGGAGGUAAACCAGAGUCCUGACGAAUGAGCAGAUGUAUCCUUCCAUAGGUGAAAAAUACCACACAAAUCUUAUGCAGCUUCCAUAGGAGACACAAACACUAAUUGGGAAAUUUCACAGCUUCACCUUCUGAUGUUACAAAAUGGUUCAUAAGGCUCAGUGCAUUUCAAAGGAAUAGAAUUGUGUGUUUAUCUAUGUUAUGUUGGGGUGGCCAAACAAGGGAAACAUGGCAACUUGAGGUGCACUCCUUUCUAGAAAAUAUUUUGUUUGUAAUAUCUGUGCAUACACUUCAUGUAUAUGAUUUUCUUAAUAAUACUAGGCACUCAUCAUUAUUGCAUUACUUUGACCCUGUUUGCCUUUACAAAAUUAUGCUACGAAAAAUGUGAGAAUGCCACAGGUGAGGGAAAGCAAUGCAAAAUGAGUUAAAAAAAACAACAACCCAGCUCUCUUCAUUUUUCAGUUUUACAGAGCUGAAACCUUAUUGGUGUAAGAUUACUUACUAAAUUUGUAAAAACAGUUUGCUGAAGGUGACCCUUGAAUGUUGAGCUGGGAGCAUGUUAUUUUUGUUUUUAUUCACAUUUUAUAGAGUCAGUAUAAAAACAUUCAAAAAUUACUGUAUAUAUAUAUAUAUAUAUAUAUAUAUAGAGGCAGCACUGCCUGAAUACUGUGAUGAGUUGAACAUUUGAUUGAUUGUUCAAAUAAAUUGCACGCAACCAUGUUUGCGUUUAAGAUGACAGAGAACCUUCAGCAUUCUUCUCACACAUAGCCCAGUUGAACACUUUAUUAUACGCUAAAUGAACGUCACUGAAAAAUCUGCAUAUUUAUAAAGAUAAUCCCUUGUAAUUUAAAAAAGCCCUAUUUUAAUAGGUAUUUACAGCCUGUAAAGCUGAGCAAUAUCUUUUCACUUUCACAUAUAUUACAACAUUUUAAACCUUUUUUUUUUUUUUUUUUUUUUUUUUACAGAAAAUAGUCAUAUGCAGAUGACGUGCCUUACAUUACAGACACACCUCAAAAAUACAGAAUAUGAUGAUAAAAUACAUUGGUGAUUAAUGUCAUGUUUAUCUUCAAAUAAUCACUUCCAUACUUCAUAAAAACAAGGUGUUCAUGUUAUGUUCAAGCCCAUACGCAACAGAAUACACACAUGUGUACACAAAUACAUACUGUGGAACAUAAAACAUGGUAGAUCAUAAUACUUCAGAACAUACAAACAAACAAAAAAGCAAGAAACGGAUUGGUCAUGUUCUAUCUCUAAUGGGCAAAUUUUCCUAAGAAUCUUUUUCUUCCAUUAUGUUUCCUUUUACAGCAUUUCAUAACAUUUGGCUUAAAUUUCCUUUCUUUAAAUUACAUGGAUGUCCAAGCAACUGUGUAAUUAAUUGUAGAUUUAUUCACCAUAUUUGAUCACCCAUGCAUGCACAGGCAAACUGCAAAGUGUCCAUUCAGAAUUAAAAUUCUGUUACUAUCUAAUCAUCUGAGAAGCUAUCACGGCAGCUUUUUGUGGACACUUGAAAGUGCAUAUGGGCAGAAGAUAGCUUUUAUUACAGCUCUAUUAGAAUCCAUGUCAACAUAGGCAUUUUAGUGAAGGCUUAUACCUUAGGUGGCUUUAUUUAGGAACAAUAUGCAAGUGUUUGUUGUAUUCACAAAUAGGUUGUAUUGCUUCUUUUGAUCAUCUUAGUUUGUGUAGUGUGUUUAUAUAUAUUUUGAUAAAGAGACAAUUCUUAAAAGAAGAUUGGAACAGAUUCUAAUUGCAGGGAAUGUGGCUUAGUAAAUAAUUUAAUAACUCUACAUGUUUCCAACAUGGGAGCAUGAAUGCAUAAAACAAAGAAUAUUAUGAAAAAAAGAAAACAGUAAUCUAGAGAGCCUAUCAGAGAUACCUUUGAUAUUCACCCCACUGACUGCUCUCUACUGGUAACUUUGGGAAUUGUUAAAGGUAUAGUUCACCCAAAAAUUAAAAUUCUCUCAUAAUUUACUCACCCUCAUGAUAUCCCAGGCGUGUAUGACUUUCUUUAUUCACCAGGACACAUUUGAAAAAAAUAAAAAAUAAAUAUCAGCUCAGUAGAGUUGAAGUCAGAAGUUUAUAUACACCUUAGCCAAAUACAUUUAAACUCAGUUUUUCAUAAUUCCUGACAUUUAAUCGUAGAAAACAUUCCUUGUCUUAGGUCAGUUAGGAUCACUACUUUAUUUUAAGAAUGUGAAAUGUCAGAAUAAUAGUAGAGAAAAUGAUUUAUUUCAACUUUUAUUUCUUUCAUCACAUUCCCAUUGGAUCUACAAGUUUGCAUACAGUUUGUUAGUAUUUGGUAGCAUUGCCUUUAAAUUGUUUAACUUGGGUCAAACAUUUUGGUUAGCCUUCCACAAGCUUCUCACAAUAAGUUGCUGGAAUUUUGGCCCAUUCCUCAAGACAGAACUGGUGUAACUGAGUCAGGUUUGUAGUCCUCCUUGCUUGCACAUGCUUUUUCAGUUCUGCCCACAAAUUUUUUAUCAGAUUGAGGUCAGGGCUUUGUGAUGGCCACUCCAAUACCUUGACUUUGUAAUCCCUAAGCCAUUUUGCCACAACUUUGGAUGUAUGCUUGGGGUUAUUGUCCAUUUGGAAGACCAAUAUGAGCCUGAGCUUUAACUUCAUGGCUGAUGUCUUGAGAUGUUGCUUCAAUAUAUCCACAUAAUUUUCCUUCCUCAUGAUGCCAUCUAUUUUGUGAAGUGCACCAGUCCCUCCUGCACCAAAGCACCCCCACAACAUGAUGCUGCACCCCCAUGCUUCAUGGUUGGGAUGGUGUUCUUCGGCUUGCAAGCCUCGCCCUUUUUCCUCCAAACAUAACGAUUGUCAUUAUGGCCAAAAAGUUCAAUUUUUGUUUCAUUAGAACAGAGGAAAUUUCUCCAGAAAGUAAGAUCUUUGUCCCCAUGUGCACUUGCAAACUGUAGUCUGGCUUUUUUUUAUGGCAGUUUUGGAGCAGUGGCUUCUUCCUUGCUGAGCAGCCUUUCAGGUUAUAUCAAUAUAAGACUCGUUUUACUGUGGAUAUAGAUACUUGUCUACCUAUUUCCUCCAGCAUCUUCACAAGGUCCUUUGCUGAUUGAUUUGCACUUUUGGCACCAAACUAUGUUUAUCUCUAUCUAUCUCAAUCUGUCUGUAAAGAAUUUUUGGAAAAAUUACUUAAAGUAGAUGUCCUAAACGACUUGCCAAAACUAUAGUUUGCUAAUAUUAAACCUGUGGAGUAGUUAAAAAAUUAGUUUUAAAGAAUUGAACCUAAGUGCAUGUAAACUUUUACUUCAACUGUAGGUCCUUAAAAUGCAAGUGGAUGGUGAUUGAAGCUUCAAAAAUCACAGACAGUCAGCAUAAACAUCAUCGAUACGACUCCAGCGGUCAAAUGAAUGUCUUCUAAAAUGAUACAAUCCCUUUUGGUGCAAAAAAGAUCACUUCUGGUAAGCUUCACCAAAGGGUGGAAAUCACGUGGUCUCUCAUGUGACGUUUUCGCGUUGCCAUGUUACGGACAUAAACUCACGUUCUUCUCUUGGUUGAGACAUCCAGGAUAAGCACACAAAAACACCAUUGUGAGUUAAGAAACAGAUGAAUACAGAUCUAAACCAAAACCAACAAAGAUUCUGUACAGUAUUCCUCCUACUCACUUGUUAACAGCGCUGCUCUUCCAUGUGUGCCACAAGUGCCUCAGUUCUCAUGUUUUUCACGUGCCAACAUGAUUACAUCACACACACAUACCGCUAAUGACCGGAAGCAGUGAUUUAGAGUAAAAAAAAAAAUAACUUACAUAUUGAUCUUUUUCACACCAAAAGUGAUCGUGUCGCUUUAGAAGACAUUAAUUUAACACCUGGACUCGUAUGGGUGACGUUAUUGCUGACUGUUUUUUGGAGCUUCAAAAGUUGGAUCACAAUCCACUUGCAUUUAAAGGACCUACUGAGCUGAGAUAUUUUUCUAAUUUUCUUCAAAUGUGUUCUGCUAAAGAAAGAAAAUCAUACACCUGGUAUAUCAUGAGAAUGAGUAAAUUAUGAGAGAAUUAUCAUUUUUGGUUGAACUAUCCCUUUAAAUUGGUGUGAUGCAAGGCUGACACACACACACACACACACAAAACAGUGUUGACAAAUGCUUGCACUGAAGUUUGCGAAGACCUUGCCUGAUGCAUUUCAAACAGUUCUUAGGGCAUUCUGUAAAAUGCUAUACAGCUGAAUCUGGAUUCUUGGUAAAUACAGGGUAAAGGACAAUGCCAUUUUCUCUCAUUUUUGCAAAGCUGUUGUUACUGAUCAUUGACACUUGCAAUUUAGCAGUUCAUCCACAAGCAAUCUCACAAAGAAAGGAAAUAACCUUCUUGAGACUUCCUCUGCAUAUUCUACAAAGUUGCGAGACCUCUAAAAUGUGGUAGCUAGAAAUCCACUAUAAACAGAAGAGAGUAUGUGAAUUAUAGAAAACAAAAGUGGCACAGUUAGAAAUCCAUAGGUUUGUCCAUGCUUCAAAGCCACCUGAUAUACGCAAGUACAAGGGAGUGGACCAGGCCAGCACUAUCGGAAAUGAUAUAUUGCUCUUCUGUCUUGAUUUGUCUGAGUAGACCCUCAUUAUCCAGAUGUACUGAUAUUACAUAAUUCAGUGGU